AGAGAGAGAGUUGCAGAUAAGCAGCUUUGAUCUGAAAGUGAAAUGGACUCGUGAGCCAUUAAAUAUAAAGGGUGUUGGCAGUUCCAAAGGGCAUUCAUGCAAAAGGAAACAGCAGACGGAUCUUCUCAGUCAUGAUGCUUGCACUAUCUGUCUUUGUGAUUCUCCUGACCGAGGGAAGAACAUCAAAUCUGGACUCCCGAGAUCCUGAAGACAACCAGCUUGUAACUAAUGGAACUUUUAAUGGAACCUUAAAUUUAUCAGAUGACUUUAAUACAACUGAAUUUAAUUAUUCCAAUAGACACACGACCACUCUUUCACCAGACAAUGAAAUGCUGGAAAUGACGCUGGAACAUAUCGAUGAAAAAACUGAAGAAACGGAACAUACAUAUGAAUGCAGUUAUCAGUCUGUUUUAGAGAAGUUGGAUCUGAAGAAAAACCAUGAUAAAUAUGUUUUAAGCCGACCUGUCAAGGACUAUCGAACGAAGACACUUGUUUAUAUUAAUAUGAGGAUUUACACCAUUCUAGAUGUGAGAGAGGCUGACCAGAUGUUCAUUUCUUACGUUUUGGUUCAUUUGAGAUGGUACAAUGAGCACAUUAACUGGAAUCCAAGACAGUUUUGUGGACUGAAGCAUAUUUUAAUUCCCACAAAGUAUCUAUGGAUGCCAGAUCUAACAAUUGAAGAGAUGACAGAGCAGGAUAAAGCCACACCGAGUUCUCAUCUCAAAAUCAAACAUCAUGGCGCGAUUGAAUUCAGGAACGACCAAGUGGUGGUCAGCACCUGCAAGAUGGAAGUUUACAGGUUUCCAUUUGACAUUCAGAGCUGCAACAUCUCCUUCAAAUCUAUCAUGCAUUCUGAUGAUGAACUAAUGUUGGUGGAAUUUACCAAAAACUCAGAGCUUACAGAGCAGUCUCGCCAAACAAUCCAGACCCAGCAUGAAUGGAUUUUUAUCAACAUGUCAGAACGCAAAAAAACCAUCAAUUAUUUUGGCUUCAACCAGACGGUGGUAGUUUAUACUAUCACCAUGAAGAGGCGGUCAGUCCUUUACAUUGCAAACUUCCUGCUGCCUGUUCUCUUCUUCCUGUGUCUGGACUUUGCCUCCUUCCUCCUGUCAGACACUGGGGGUGAGAAGGUUGGCUUCAAGAUCACUGUCCUACUUGCUGUGACUGUGAUGCAGCUCAUUCUCAAUGACAUUCUGCCCCCGUCUUCAGACAAAAUUCCUCUUAUAGCGAUCUACUGCAUUGGGAUCUUUACUCUGAUGCUGCUAAGCCUCCUGGAAACCAUUUUAGUGAUGUAUUUGAUAGGCAAAGACCAAAAAUCUACAGACAAAACAGAAGAAAACCAGAAACUGAAUGAGAAUCCAGAGGACAAACGGAGUCCACUCGUAGGCUGUUUUAAAGGAAUUAGGAAAUUGAUUACCUCUGGAUCAGCCGAAGAUACUUCCAAGGAAGAUCAGUCUUUUCCUGAAGAGGGUGGCAGCAGUCCCCACACUGAGGUGUCUCUUGUCAUGGAAAAGGUCUAUGAGGAGCUUGGUGAAAUGAGGAAGUCCAUAACUCUGCUUAGCAGCAGGACAGAAGAUGAGAAGUCUAGCUACUGGACCAGAGUGGCUGAAAAAAUCAACAAAAUAUUCAUUUUGUUCUACAUUAUAGCCGUUCUUCUGUUUUUGGGUGUCCUUUUUACUGUGUGGAAUAUUGAUAAUAAUUAA